GGGGACAGAAAAUUUAAAAAAACACCUCACGUAAUUUAUGGAAAAGUCUCUAAAGAAGUCUCACUUCAAAAAUGCCUUCUCAUCACACAGUGCCGAGUCCAUAUAUAAUAUUAUUGUUUGUCUUCUAUCUUCUGCUUUUGUUCUUAACUAAAGCGAUUGAAGACGAUCUGCCGAGUGUUGUUCAGGAAAAGGAUAUAUCAAAGGAUGAUUCUAAUACAUUUAGUGAGGCAACCGCCAGGAAAUACCUCCAUCGUAUACUUGGUGAUAAGCCUAGAGUGGCGGGAACUGAGUACCAUCUUGAAAAAACGAAAGAUAUAAAAGACAUGGUUGAUGAAAUUGCGAGUAAAGCCAAUUUGCCGGUUAGAACUGAUUGGCAGUUUGCUUCUGGCGACUACUGGCUGGCAUUCAAUUCGCCUCACGUGAACAUAUACCAUAACAUAUCCAACAUUAUCGCAGUACUGGAGGGCGACAGCGGCUUUCCCAACGGAACCAUUGGGACCUCCCUGCUUGUCAACUGCCAUUAUGACUCAGUACCAUUUGCUAUGGGAGCCUCAGAUAACGGAGUAUUCUGUUCAGCGAUGGCAGAAAUAUUAUCAAAGUUGUCUAGAAGGAAAGAAAAACUCAAACACAAUGUCGUUUUUCUAUUUAAUGGCGCUGAAGAAAGUCCGUUAAUGGCCAGUCACGGUUUCCUUCAACACCCGUGGUCUAAGGGAGUUAUGAACGUCAUUAAUUUAGAUUCAGCCGGCAUGAACGGGAAACCAAGUCUCUUUCAGGUGACAGACCCUCGUGUCCUAGAGAUGUACAAGAAAUCAGCUCGGAGACCAAACGCUCAAGGUGUGGGUGAAGUACUCUUUGCUUCGGGGAUCAUACCCUCGGACACGGAUUUUAGGAUUUUCAGGGACUUCGGUGCUAUAAAUGGUGUGGACAUAGCGUUCAUAAAGGGCGGUAACGUGUAUCACACUAGGAACGACAAAGCCGAUUUCAUACAAGAGGGGGUCAUACAAAACGCUGGGGAUAUGCUAUUGGGGCUGAUAAGAGAACUGGCUGAUAGUGAUAUAUUGGAGACUAAGGAGCCACAAUCAACGUUUGUCUACUAUGACUACAUAGGAUUGUUUCUGGUGACAUAUUCCAGAAAUACCGCCCUUAUUGUAGAUGUGCUUGUCGGAAUUUUGGGCGUGUCAAGCGUCUUGUAUUUCCUGUGGAUGUUUGGGCUCAGGAGGUCAUCGGUAAUGGGUCUACUGUGGUCUACAAUGGGGAGAUUAUUCACAGUGACUGCCGGUCUGCUGGUAGUCCUAUUCCUCACUUCCAUCAUGAUCCUCACCACCACACAGAUGAGAUACCUGUCGGCUCAGUGGAUGGUGCUGCCGCUGUACGUCCUCCCACACCUCGUGACCGCGGUCUACGCGGUUAAAAAUUAUGUUACGACUUGUUCUCAGGCCAAUCUAAGCCGUUCUAUCCGAACGUCCCAAGCUAUGUCGGCCACGCGGCUUCUGCUGUCUGUCUCACUACUAGCGCUGUGUUGUGUCCCGGCCCUGGCUAAUAUUCGCUACAUAAUCACAGUACCUCUUCUAUCGAUGUCGGUUACAAGUUUUAUCUCUGUAACUCUCGUGAGAUACGGCAACAUGAAAGCAUGGCAACACUUGCUGCUAGAGGUGGUGCUGGCGACACCGGCCGCUAUGUUCGGUCUGUCUCUUUCUCUCCGCCUGAUACCGUUUCUGAUACCUAUAAUGGGUCGCUCAGCUGCUGACAACCCGGACUAUGUCAUCGCUAUCGUGACUACUGGGCUGACCAUUGUGACCUUUUGUGUGGUGUCGGGAAUCGAACUGCUGUUCUCUCGGCGUCGCCUGCGGGCUGUGCUGGGCGGUGUGUUCGUCUCGUCCGCUGUGUUCAUGGCGAUACCUCUCAACCCCUACAGUGGACUGACCACUCAGAGGCAUUACUGGUUUCAUACACAAGUAACCACGUACAACGCAAACCAAACGCCAACAGAAAGUGUGUCGGGCGUCCUCAUAACAAGACCGGAUCUCUAUUCCGUACCACACGCACUAAAAGCCAUCAAAGACAGUCCGUAUUACGAGAAAGACGGUCGACUGAACAAUGAAAGUCUGAUAAUAAAAGACAGCGACUUGACCGUCAUAACUCUAGAGAAAUGUGCGACGAGACUUUAUUGCGACAUGCCGCUGUACAGGACGCGGUUCGAGAAAUAUAAUAUAAACAGUCUGUUUGUGAGGAUGUCACCUCCGGAACAGUUCGAGCACUCCUUGAAGUUAGUCAACAAGACUUGUACUGACGACACUUGUGUGUUGAACUUCGUGACUAAGAGCCCCGGCUACGAGUCCCUGGCGGUCAGUCCGCGGCCGGCAGUGGGCCUGGCCAACUGGUCGCUAUCAGCGCCGCUACAGGAGACGGCCUGGCUGGAUGGACGGCCGGUGUUCGUGUUCGUACGGGCGGUCGGUUCAUACAGCGAACGUGUGGAUCCUCUGGAGUUUAGCUUGACGUUCUCCAAGGCCCGCGCCCACUCCGCCGCGCUCGCGGACGUGACCCACCACGCCCACCGCGUGCAUCACCCGCCACACUUCACCGACCACUACAAGGCGCUACUCGCCGCCAUGCCCGAAUACUUCAACGUAGCCACGUUCCUCAGUUUUAGGGACAAUUAUGUGUUUUAAUUUUGAAUUCAAACUAAAAAACUGUUUAUAAGGACACAAGAAUGG